GCCCCUCCGUCGCCAUGGCCCCCCCCCGGCGCUCCCCCGCGUCCCGCCGGCCGCCUCGUCCAGCUCCGGCUCCAGCUCCGCGCCGGGGGGGAACCGUGGCCGGAGCCACCCCCCGCCGCCGUCGCCGACGGACUCCGACAGCCCCAUCCUCAGCAGCGGUGACUCCGGCAGCGACUUCGAGGACACGCUGCAGCGGCCGCGCAAGAGGGGGGGACCCCCCCGGCCGCCCGGCCGCGACCCCGUGUCGAAGCGUCCCCGGCGCGGGGAACCCGAAGGCGACGACGGGAGCAGCCCGGCCACCGGCAACCGGGAGCAAAACACCCUCUUCGAGGCCGUCAGGUCGGCCAAGGUCGCCGUGGAGACGGUGGUGGACGAGUGGCUGGAGACCUACAGGCGGGACCGGGAGAGGGGGUUCCUGGAGCUCGCCAACUUCAUCGUCCGCUCCUGCGGCUGCCGAGGCGUGGUGACCCCGGAGAUGUUCAGGAACCUGCAGAACUCGGAGAUCAUCCGGCAGCUGACGGAGGAGUUCGCGGAGGAUUCGGCCGACUACCCGCUCUCGCUGAGCACCCAGCCCUGGCGUCGCUUCCGAGCCGGUUUCUGCGAGCUGGUGGCGGCGGUGGCGCGGCGGUGCCGCUACGGCAUCGUCUACGACGGUUUCCUCAUGGACGCCCUCGUCUCCUUCCUCACCGGCCUCUCCGACUCCCAGGUGCGGGCUUUCCGCCACACCAGCACCCUGGCAGCCAUGAAGCUGAUGACGGCGCUGGUGACGGUGGCGCUGGGCGUGAGCCUGCAGCAGGACAACAACCGGCGGCAGUACGAGGCCGAGAGGAGCAAGGAGCCCGGCCGCCGGGCCGCCGGCAAGCUGGAGGCUCUGCUGGAGAAGCGCCGGGAGCUCCGGGAGCAGCAGGAGGAGAUCGAGAACAUGAUGAACGCCAUCUUCAAGGGCGUCUUCGUGCACCGCUACCGGGACGUGGUGCCCGAGAUCCGGGGCGCCUGCGUGGAGGAGCUGGGGACGUGGAUGAGGAGCUACGCGGGCUCCUUCCUCACCGACGGCCACCUCAAGUACGUCGGCUGGACCCUGCAUGACAAGCAGUGGGAGGUGCGGCUGCGGUGCGUGAAGGCGCUGCAGGGGCUCUACGGCCGCCGGGAGACGGCCGCCCGCAUGGAGCUCUUCACCAGCCGCUUCAAGACCCGCCUGGUGUCCAUGGUCCUCGACAAGGAGCCCGAGGUGGCCGUGGAGGUGGUGAAGCUGCUGACGCUGAUGCUGGAGAACAUGGAGGAGGCGCUGACGGAGGAGGACUGCCGGAGCGUCUACCCCCUCGUCUACGUCUCCAGCCGCCCGCUGGCCGCCGCCGCCGGGGUCUUCCUCUACCGCAGGCUGCUGUCGCCGCCGCGGGACCCGCCUGGCGCUGGGGACAACAGGACCUUCUUCCGUCUGCUCCUGACCUUCUUCAUCGAGAGCGAGCUCCACGAGCACGCCGCCUACCUGGUGGACAGCCUGUGGGACUGCGCCGGGCCCCGGCUGAGGGACUGGGAGACGGUGGGCGCUUUGCUGCUGGAGGAGUCGCCCGCCGAGGGCCUGUCGGACCGUCAGGAGAAGGCGCUGGUGGAGAUCCUGGCAGCCAGCGCCACGCGGGUGGCCGAGGGGCAACCCCCGGUGGGUCGCGUCCCGGCCAAGAAGCCCUCGGCCCGGGAGCGCAAGGCUGAGCAGGAGGAGAGGACCCGGCUCACCCACUGCCUCAUCCCGACCCUGCCCCAGCUGCUGGCCAAGUUCUCGGCCGAGGCGGAGAAGGCGGCUCCGCUCCUGGAGGUGCUGCGCUGCUUCGACCUCAGCGUCUACGGCACCCGGCGGCUGGAGAAGCCCCUGGAGCUGGUGCUGGGGCAGCUGGGGGAGGUGGUGGGGAAGCACACGGGGCCGGCGGUGCUGGCGGCCGCCUCCCGCGCCCUCCAGGCCCUCUGCGACCCGGAGCUCGCCCUGCACGGCCACGGGGACCUGGCGCGCAGCCGCCUCGCCGACCAGCUGGCCGACAAGUUCCAGCGGGACGUCACCGAGCUGCUCCAGGCCUCGUCGCUGGAGGAGGAGGAGGCGUACAGCAUGGCGGCCACGCUCAAGAGGCUCGCCGUCCUCUUCAGCGCCCACGACCUGACGCGCUGGCAGCUCUUCCAGCCCUGCGCCCGGCUCCUGCAGCACGGCCUGGGCACGGGCCAGGUGCCCCCGCAGGUCCUCGUCCCCGCCAUCGCCUGCCUCCACUUCCACGUCCUCUGGGAGCUCUCGCACCUCCGCGGCCCCCAGGUCCCCCCGGAGCGGCUGCGGAGCCUGAAGAGCAGAGCGGCCGCCUGCUGCUCGCUCUGCCAGAGCUGCCUCUCCGAGCCGGACGCCGGCGUGCGGGAGCAGGCCUUCGCGGUGCUCAGCGACCUGCUGCUGGUGUUCGGCCCCCAGCUGCCGCGGGACGGGCGGGAGGCCCUGGCCCCCCUGGUGCUGCUGCCCGAAGCCGGGCUGCAAUCCCAGCUGGCCGCCUUCCUCAUGGACCACGUCUUCAACCCCGCCGGUAGCCACGAGGAGCUCUCGGACGUGGAGGGCCCCGAGAGCCGCCUGGAGGAGCUGCACCGGCGCCGGCUGCUCCUGGCCGCCUUCUGCAAACUCCUCGUCUACGACGUGCUGGAGCUCAGCGCCGCCUCCGACGUCUUCAAGCACUACGCCAAGUUUUACAGCGACUACGGGGACAUCAUCAAGGAGACGCUGAACUGCACCCGGCAGAUGGACCGGCAGGAGUGGGCUCGCACCCUGCUGCUCAGCCUGCAGCAGGUGGGG